UUGCACUGUAUUCUCUUUUCUUAUUUAUAGCUUUGGUAAGUUAUAGUUUAUAUGAUAGUUAUGGGAUUGGAUUUGCAUUCACUUGUUAUAUUAUUUAUUUAUUUUAGUUUUCAUCUUGCAGAUGUUCCCAAGCUUUGUUUGAAUCUUCAUUUUGUUUUCUAUUAUGCUUAUUUAUAUUUUGAUAUUUCUUUGCUAGUUGAUUUUCUGGCAUUUCAGGAACUUGUUACUGCUUGGGUUGUCAUCUUGGCUUGCCUUGUCCAUGGGUUUGUUACAGUCUUAGUUGCUAGUGAAGCUCAUGCAAUAACUCUGGCUGUUGAGGGUUUGUUAGGAGUUGUGUUUACAGUGGCUGCAUUAACAGAUGAAGCAAUGAAUGUUGGUGAGGUUCAGAUCACUUCCAGGACUUGUCAACCAGACCCAAAGGGAUAUCAUAGAAUGUGAGAAUUUUGUCUUCCAGACAAGUGCAUAAAGGAUGAUGAAUUGAAGGAUGGAGCAAGUUUCAUGCAUGGUUUACUUUUGUGUAUCUUGUAAUGUUUUUGU